CCCUGAACUGAAAAAACCCUUCGUCUCUCUCCCUCUCUCUCUCUCUCUCUCUCACUCCCGAGCUUUUGGUCUCAGACAAAAAUGGCUUCUUCUUCUUCAUCGUCUUCGCCUGUGGUUACAGAGAGAAGAGGAAUACCAGGAGCUCAGUUCGUCGAAGAUGUCCAGACUUAUCUCACUCAAUCUGGACUCGACGUCAACUCCGCCCUCGCUUUCCUCCAAGAAAGGCUUCAGCAGUACAAGGUAGUUGAGAUGAAACUUCUUGCUCAACAAAGGGAUCUUCAGGCAAAAAUCCCUGAUAUUGAGAAGUGCUUGGAUGUGGUUGCAACUCUACAAGCUAAGAAGGGCACUGGUGAGGCACUUAUUGCUGAUUUUGAAGUCUCAGAAGGCAUAUACUCACGGGCCCGUAUUGAGGAUACUGACUCAAUUUGCUUAUGGCUUGGAGCAAACGUCAUGUUGGAGUAUUCUUGUGAAGAGGCCACUACUCUUCUACAAAAGAAUUUAGAUAAUGCUAAAGCCAGUUUAGAAGUACUUGUGGGUGAUUUACAAUUCUUGCGGGAUCAAGUGACAAUUACCCAGGUCACAAUUGCUCGUGUGUAUAAUUGGGACGUUCAUCAACGUAGACUUAGACAAGCUGCCGGUGAUGUAAAAGACUCGUGAGAUUAAUUUACCCCACCUUGAUGAAAAGAUGGUAGAAGAUGUCUUUAGCUGAGAAUAUGGUUCCAAAUGGUCAAUACUUCUUCCAAGGUGAUUGGAUUAUCGUCCUAUAUUUUUGUGCAUUAUAUAUACUCGUUAGGCGUUCGUUGCCCAAAUGCGCCCAUAAUUGAAGUUUCUGUUUCUGAGGCCCUUCUGCUAUGGAAGAAACUUGUUAUACUCUUAGGACCAAUUUUGUUAUCUUUCUCUUGUAACAUCUUAAAUCGCUCCAAUUUUAUGAUGGAUUGACGUGUGUUGUGUGCCA